CAUAUCUCGCACGCAGCUUCCCUAUAUGUGACAGAGCAGAGCACUUCACCAGGCAGGAGUCAGAAAUUAGCAUCAUUAUGUCGACUCAAAGUGAGUCCAGGGACGCAGGAAAUAACCAACUACAAACACCUGAACAGAAUCAAGAACAAGGAAUACCACAAAAGUUUUCACCUGGUAAUGUACGAAGAUUGGGGUUGACGAGGAAAAUGCGAGACAGGAGGGAUUUAAAGGAAGAUGAAAACCCAGAGGAGAAAGCACGAAGGCACAAAGAGUUUGAGCUGAAGCCUCUGUAUAAGGAGCUGUUGUACACCAUCACACAUAAGAUGGGCAAACCAUCCUUCACUGAGGUUUUCACUGAUAGUCAGCUUCACCAAUACAUUAAGGAGGCUUUCACUAUGACAGAGUCUGAGCAUAGAAGCCUGAUGGAGAUAGUACAGAAUACCGAGCCCCCAGUACACUGCCUGAUGACCACGGUAAAGGAAGCCAAGGGAAUCCUGGGUAAAGAUGUUAGUGGUUAUAGUGACCCAUACUGCCUUCUAACCAUAAUGGAAGACGAGGAGGAGAAACGGGCACGUCGGGCCAAACCCAAACCCAGUAAAUCUGUCGUGAAGGACAUUGCAUCAACCAACAAAAUUUACGAGACAGACAUAAAGAAGCAGACUCUGAACCCAAUUUGGAACAAAACCUUUGUGCUAGAGUUUGGUGAAAUUGCCGGUGCAAGUUUCCAUCUGGAGAUGUGGGACAAGGAUGAAGACGUGUCACUCACACAAAAACUUGAGGAGUUCAAAACCAACUUUAAUAGCUUAAGAAGGAUGAUCAAAGAGGCCAAAAAAGAGAAAGGAACAGAUGACUUUUUGGGAAGAAUUAGCCUAAAACUACAGGAUCUGCACUGUACAGAAGACAACUGGUACAAUCUGGAGCCCAGAACUGAGACGUAUCCUGAUCGUGGCCAGUGUCAUCUCAACACCAAAUUUAUCCACAAAUCGAGAGAUGGGACACUGAGUGCUGGUUGCAACGCUUACACCAACUACUGUGGCAUCCUGCAGCAGUUUGUUCACGCCUACAUCUCUAACCAGCAGAGUUCUGCUCCGUGGAAGGGAGCGUUGUGUGGUGAGGCUCAGACACUGCUGGAGCUUUACGCCACACAGAAUGACCUUUCACCUUUUCUUCAAGACCUGGCGAAGUGGGUGGCUUACAGCAAACUGUACCAGAGUUUAGAGGUGGACUCGUCUGUGCUGCUCCAGCAGCUCACUAGUAUAGAGUAUCACUGGCACCAGCAGGAGCUUCCAUACCAACAGAAACAGGAACUCGGGGAUUCUCUUCAUGGUUUCCUCCAGCAUGGCCUAUAUCUUGUGUCCAAAUACAGAGACAUUUUCCCCCCGACCCCCCGUGCUACGCCAAAACUACGUGCCCUGCUCAGAAUCUUGGUCCAGAUCUGUAAGACUCAGGCAUUUCAGAAACUGAACCCAGCUCAGUUUGAGCUUCAUGAGGAGGUCUGUGAGGCCAUACAGACAGGCACACAGGAGUGGUUUUCCAUCAAGAAAGGGUUGCAUCAGCCUAUGACUAAGGACCUGUCAGAGAUUGUGAGUGCCCUCUCGAGCUUGAUUAGGGAAGUGGAAGAAGAUAUUAAACACAACAAGGAUACCUGGAACAAGGAGUUUGUCAGUGCUGUGCAGGUGGAUGCGUUCACUGUCGUCUAUCAGAAAUUUGACUCACUGCUUGCCAAUGAGGUGAGAGAAACCAUAUCAUUGAUGGAAGGUCAGAUGGACAAGCCUUUAGCCAAAAGCCUGUUCCCUGUUUACCUGAGUCUGCAGAGCAUUCACAAAGACAAGGCUUUCCUGCAGAAAAGGGGAUUGUUGGAGCUCACAAACUUCCACGAGGAUUUCAGAGAGGCUCUGCCGUAUUGGCUGAACCAGGCAUUCAGCACUACUCAGGACAGGGUGGAGAAGGCUGUGCAGGUGGACCAGUUGCAGCCCUUGCAGUCUGGUGCAGUGCCCAUUAAACACAGUUCGUCUGCUGUGGAUCUGGUGGCCUGUAUUCAGCCGAUCUGCCAGCUGUGGGAGCAGCUGUCCUGGCCUGACCCCGAGGAGGCCUUCAUGCUUAUGGUCAAACUCACUGAGGAUGUGUGUAAGAUUGUGGUAAACUACUGCCACAUCCUAAAGCAGAGGGUCAGGGUCCUGUCUGAGAACUCUGACCAUGGCUGUGCCAUUAACAUGUUGUGUGUGGUAGUGAAUGACUUGGAGUACUUGCGGUCAGUGCUGUCCCGCCUUCCUACACAGCUCAACUGGGUGGGGCUUCGAGAGCGCACACAAAAUGUCAUUGGGGAAAGCCAGUUCCAUAAUACACUGCCUUUACAACUUCAGCAAUCCCAGAGCAUUCUCAGCCGAGAGAUCCGCACUGCUCUGGACACUCUUGGCAAACAGCUAAAUACAGACAUUGAGACUCAUGUCAGAAGCAUGUCAACCAGGCGGAGGAUUCCCUCUAAGUCCUCGGAGGAUGCUGCAACCCCACUGAUGCAUUACCUGGAGCAGGAGCUACAGUACAUGAAUGAAAACCUGGUCAAAGAAAACUUUGAUAGUCUUCUGACGCCUUUGUGGAAUAACUCAGUGAAGAUCCUCCAUCAAGUGUCUAUUCAGCAUCCGCAACAAGAAGGGCUCAUGGUGUUCUGCCAAAGACUUCUGUAUACACUCCAGUGCCUGGAGCAGUGUUUCCAUGCUGAGGGAAAUGGACUGCCUUUAAACAUCCUCCACUCCGGUGAUGAGUACAAGGCUUUAAAAGCUCACCUGACUCACAACUCUCUGAACACCAGGGAGCUUAUGGAGAAAUUUUUUGAGAAGAAAAUAAUGGAGCAGAAGGUGUUCAGCGGAGAGAAAUACGGUGCAGUCACCCUCCUUACAUCUUACAGGAGAUCAGACCAAAAACUGAGAGUAGAGGUGUUGAAUGCUGUCAACCUUUUGCCUAUGGACUCAAAUGGUUUCAGUGAUCCAUUUGUGCAGCUGUGUUUGGAGCCAAACCACAUCUUUCCAGAAGUCGAGCCUCGCUGCACACAGAUCAAAAGCUGCGACCUGAACCCCCUCUUUGACGAAGCCUUUGAAUUCAUGGUUUCUCUAGAGCAGUGCAAGGCACCAGGAGCUUGCCUAAUGGUGACAGUUCUGGACCAUGACACCCUGGUGACAGAUGACUUCGAGGGUGAAGCCUUCCUGGCCCUAAAAAGCAUACCAGGAAUCGCUGGAUCAAAGCAGGACGGAGCAGAUGGACUUAAUUCACAAACAGACGCCACCCCUGCUCAGAUACGACUACCUCUAAUGCAUCCUAAACCCAAUGACGACAGCAUUCUGAGGUUACUGGAGUCGAGGAAGGGAGAACGGGAGGCUCAGGCCUUUGUGAAGAAACGCAGACAGAGGGAGAAACAGUCCCAGGAGGGGAUUCAGCCACGAUAGAAAAAAAAACCACACACAAUGUCUUUCUCCAAAAAUAUACAAUUUAUUUAAUGAUCUGUACCAAAAACAAAAGAAAAUCCACUCAGAGGCAAACACUGGUGUUGGAUGAGUGUGUAUGUGGACAGUAUGCUGAACAUGAGUUUACCAGAGACCAUCACAGUGAUCAUGAACACUUUCACAUCUGCAUGUAAACCUCACACAGCUUUACAUAAUCUGUCUGCUUCCUGAUGCUUUGUCUAAUCAGUGCAAGAGAUAAGUAUGACAUCACGUAACUAUGUAUGUAUAUAUAUAUUUAUAUAUAUAAUAUAUAUUAGACUACAUUUGACACACUGUGAAAUGUCAAAGAUUACUACAAAUGUAAAGAUUUUGGCAGAAAAAAAAAACCUGUCCCAUAUUGAUUUUUAAACAUAGCAAAAGGGCCACUUUAAACAAAAACAUGUAUUCUUGAGUUAACAUGAAACGAUUGAAAGUAAAAAUUUAAAAAUGUGUCAUUUCAGACUACACAAGUUGACUGAGUAUAUUUGCCUUGAUUGUGUUAACAUGCUUUUCCUCUUACAGUUCACCAAGAAGAAUAUUAAGAGAACCUGAGUGUCUUAACAGAGACCAUCUGUUGUAUAUUCAAACAAAUAAUACUACAUAUUUAAAUAUUUUCUGUCAUUGAUACGCAUUGACAAUUUUAAAAUUCUUUAAGCUAAAAAACUAUUUUUAAAAAAAUCAAAAUUAAAGAAAGUCCCUAUAAGCACUACCAGCUGACUGGUCUAACGCCCCCCUUUGGCUGUAGCAAUAUAUGAACGUUAUCUGAAUGAAACUAAUAUAUGCCCUUUAGCUGUUAGCAGUCAGACCUGUGGAUUUUGUUAAGACAGCUCUUUAAAAAAAAAAAAAAAAAUGCAGUGUUGUCCAUUAGUAUAGUUGGUUUGAAGAUGUCUGCUUU